AUGCAGCUGCUGGCAGGUGACAAGCUCCCCACUGCAGUUCCCAAACGAGGUGCCCUGCGAUCCCUCGGCAGGAAGAAGCUGACGGGCCUUGACCGCGCUCAUCCGCUGCAGCCACUCCAUCACGACAUCAGAGCCCCGAGCGGCGUUGAUACCGGCAGCAUGGCACCUGCUCCACCUGAGCAAUCAGGCAAGAGCCAGAGCAAGCCAAAGAGGAUGAAGGCCAGGCGCUGUGUCAGAGCUGUCCAAGCUGUCCCUGACCAAAACAGUGACGGCGAUGGCCAAGCUGCAGCCCAGGACAUGGGAUGCGUGCAGGAGCCCCUGAGUGUCACUGAGGAGGUCAGCCUCACUGAUCUCCAUGGCAACAGGGUCCUCAAACAUGGAAGAGGUAGCGCUGCGAGCAGCUUCAGCCCUGUGGACCUCAGGACCCCGUCAGCACUGCGCAAUUUGCCCUUCCUCAACACCCCCACUCCACCUAUUGCCUCCGCUGUCCCUGCCCCCCCAGAAACAGCUAAACCCCAGGCAGCCUGUCAGAGACAGUUCAUCAGCAGACUGCCCCGCUUCAAGAGAACACCGCUCAGUGUGGCCACUGCUGUGGCAGAGCAAAAGUCCGUGGAGUCUCUGGCAGGGAAGGAGGAAGUGAGGGACCAAAAGGAGGUGAAGAAGAGAGUGAUAACGGUGAAGCAAAUGAGCAACACCCAGCAGACCAGCGAGCUCCCAGAGCUGGCCAAACUGGCCCCUGUGUCCUGCCCCGAGCAGGCCAUCCUGCAGGCCUUCAGGCUGCUCAAAGACGAGGACUGGGAGCAGAAGAUUGAGGGUCUGACCUCCAUCAGGUCUCUCUCUCAGCACCAUGCUGAGGUGCUGCUGCCCAGGCUGCAUGAUGUGUGUCUGGCCGUCUACCGCGAGGUGAAGAACCUGCGCUCCAUGGUGUCCCGUGCUGCCAUGAUCACGCUGGCCCACCUGUACGCUCAGCUGGGGCGAGGCAUGGACGCGGAGGCCGAGGGCACAGCCCAGACGCUGCUCCCUAAAGCUGGAGAGGCCAGCGGCUUCAUCAGGGAGGACAUGGAGCUGGCACUGGGGUACAUGGUGCACAACGUCACCCCCUCUCGCACCAUGAACGCCCUCAUCAACACAGGACUCAGGCAUCGUAAUGCGGCCGUGAGGAAGACCGCUGCACAGCACCUGGAGAGACUGGCAGAGGUCAUGGGGGCGUCCCGCGUCCUGUCGGGCAAAAAGGACCUGACUGACCGCUUCGUCCGCUCCAUCAGCUGCCUGGCCCUCGACAGUGCACAGGAAGUCAGGACCCAUGCCCGUAACACCUUUGCAUUCCUGGCUUCCCAUACUGACCUUCUCAAGAUGGUGGACAAGUUUGUCCCUCAGAGAGACCGAGCCACCAUCAAGGACGUAAUCAACAAAUGCCAAAAAAAGAAACAUUGAUUGAGGUGAACAUGUCGGGAUUCUAAGGCUAGGACCCACGCGCAAGACUCUUUCUUAUGGACUUACGCACAGACAAAGCGACGAACUGACCAAGGACAGAUGAACAGGGGGUGUAAAUGCACAGACUAAUUCACAGAAAGACAGAGGACUGGAUGAAACCAACAAUGGGGAAACUAAUGAGACAGGAAGUGCAGGAAGGGGAUGGGCGGAGACAAACACACAUGAUAGGUACACAGAGCACAUGACACAGAAUAAUAUACAGAAUGGCCACAUUCGGUCCAGGCCAGAUCCUGACAGAACAUCCAAGCCACAAGAAUGAAAUGAAGAAGGAGUUCUGGCAGCAAUAAAGGAUCAUCCAGCCCAGUGGUGCCAUUCCAGCAGACUGCCAGCAAGACUGAACUCCUUCUGCUCUCAUUCCAGUCAAACCAUUCCACU